CUGAGGAGACACAGAAGAAACACUGUGAGGACAAAGUGUGUGUAUCCACCAGCUGGUGCACACACACAUUUUUAUAUCAUGUAUGAACAGCUACGUCACGUGUUUUUUUAUUUCAUAUCUGCAAACGGUUCAAGGAGCAGGUGCGCUGCCGGGAUUUUGAGUCUUCAUUUGUCUUGAAGGCUUUCACUGCGCCGCUGUUUGUUGUCACUUCCGGGCGAGUCUGAAUUAGCAGAUCAUCACAUCGCCGGUGAAGAAGAGGAGGAGGAAGAAGAAGAAGUUGAUGAACAUCGAUGCUCCGUGCAGGCAGGAUGGAGGAGUUUGUGACGGAGGAAGAGGAGCCGUGGUACGACCAGAGGGACCUGGAGCAAGACCUGCACUUGGCAGCCGAGCUCGGUAAAACCCUCCUGGAACGCAACAAGGAGCUGGAGGACGCCCUGCAGCAGAUGUACAUCAACAACGAUGAUCAAGUGCAGGAGAUAGAGUACCUGUCGAAGCAGCUGGAAACGCUACGGGAGAUGAACGAGCAGCACGCCAAGGUGUACGAACAGCUGGAUGUGACGGCCAGAGAGCUGGAGAUCACCAACGAGAAGCUGGUGCUGGAGAGCAAGACCUCGCAUCAGAAAAUAGACAGGUUGACGGGCACCAUGGAGAUGCUGCACGGUCAGGUGGAGAGCCUGACCACUCGGGUGGAGGAGCUGCGGACCCUGGAAGAGCUGAGGGUCCGCAGAGAGAAGAAGGAGCGCCGCAAGACUGUGCACUCCUUCCCCUGCCUCAAGGAGCUCUGCACUGCGCCAAGGUAUGAGGAUGGUUUCCUGCUGGCCAACCCGGGCAGUGUGGACCUGGCGGAGAGCCGGCCGCUGGACGAGGAGAACGAGAGACUCAGAGACAUCGUGUCCUCCCUACGCUCAGCUGUCUCUGCAGAGCGGUCCCAGCGGGAGGGCACGGAGCGGGAGUGUGCCUCCGUGCUGCAGGAGUUCGAGCGUCUGGAGCAGCGGCUCCUGGGAGCGGAGGGCUGCCAGCUGAGGAUCCAGGAGCUGGAGGCGGAGCUGCAGGAGAUGCAGCAGCUCCGGAAGUCCAGGGUGUGUCUGAUUGGAGGGAUGGAGGACAGCCUGGAGACGCUGCUCAGCAACGGCCCCGAGACAGACACCCCGGACGAGGGCGUGGGGCAGGAGGAGGGGGGCGGGGGAGAGGCAGGGGGCUCGGGGCAGCAGGGGGGCCCGGUGAGGAAGAGCUGCAGCGACACGGCUCUGAACGCCAUCUCCGCCCGGGACGCUUCGGGCAGGAGGCAGGGCAGCUACGCCACACAUGCUAACGGCGUGCGGAAACGCGGCAUGUCCAUCCUGCGCGAGGUGGACGAGCAGUACCACGCGCUGCUGGAGAAGUACGAGGAGCUGCUGGGGAAGUGCCGGCGCCAUGAGGAGAGCCUGUGCCACGCGGGGGUGCAGACCUCCAGGCCCGUGUCCAGAGACCCCUCCAUGAAGGACUACAGCAUGGUGAGCGCCGGGCCGUCCACAUCAGGGGCUGUCGCCGCCAUGCUCACGCCGCCUCAAACCCCCUCCACCCCGGAGGCCCUGGAGGGGAUCAGCCGGCAGGUGGAGCAGGUGGACAAACGCCUCAGCCAGAACACCCCCGAGUACAAGGCGCUGUUCAAAGAGAUCUUCAACCGCCUGCAGAAGACCAAGAGCGACGUGAACUCCAAGUGCAAAAAGGGUCACAAAUGAGAUUUGAGAGGACUUUUUGUCUUACGUUUGACCACCAGUGACUUAAAGGGUGAAUACCUGCAGUCAUUGGUUGGGUGAUUAAUAAUGCUUAUUGUUAGGGUGAAUGGCUGAUUUAACUGAAAAUGCCUUUUUCUCAGUGACCUUAACUGAAGAAUAAUCAGGAGGAGAUUAGGACAGAUUAGUGAGUGAUGUAGUUUGUGAUUGAGAUGUGUUGAUGCAGGAAUUAUUUAACUUCUAUUUUUUAUUUAUGGAAACCAAUUAAGCCAAAUAAUAUAAAAAGAGAAACAAGCCGGCUUUGAAACUACUUACAGCAUUUAAAGCAUGCACCUGUCUAAUAAACACUAAGUGCUUAAUAAGUCUUUUAAAGCAGGAAGAAACAAACCACACGCUACUGAUCAGCUUCAGGUCGCAUAAAAGGCGCAACAGUGUGAUACUUUAGUGUGUUUGAAUUUGUUGGUUCAAAUCCUUCAGCUGCCAAAGUGUACUGUGCAUACGUGUUACAUUUGUUUACUUUCAUGGUUUAGUUCAACUUAUCUGGUGAAUGAGAUGAGAUGCCUCUGGUGUUUUUACAGCAUGCAUUACAAGCAGCAGGGAUUCGUUUGACAUGACAACAUUAUCAGUUCUACGCCAUACUACUACAUUGCCAUUUAAAAUGUUUUCUGUUGAUUAAAAUAACAAACGUAUAA